GUUAUCCUCCUCGCAGCAGAGAAGUUGACAUGAAAUCAAAAGAGACACAUUUAUCUCCACACAGGCACACAAGGGUGUACUGUUGUCCUCCGGUCUGAUAUCUGACAGGUCAAUUUACGUGGAUCCAGUCCCCCUCCGUCAUUGCUACCCGCUGUCUCCAUGACAACUCCUGCACUAGUGUCACCUUUUACGGGGCCGUCACCGCCGCCUCAGCAGCAGCAGGGCCAGGCAGCGCGUGAUGUCAACACCGCCUCAUUGUGUCGCAUCGGCCAGGAGACGGUCCAAGACAUUGUCCUCAGAACCAUGGAGAUCUUCCAGCUCCUCCGAAACAUGCAGCUGCCUAAUGGAGUCACUUACCACCCCAACACCCACCAGGACAGGCUGGGGAAACUGCAAGAGCAUCUUCGCAUGCUUUCCGUGCUGUUCCGCAAGCUGCGCCUCGUCUACGACAAAUGCUCUGAAAACUGUGCUGGGCUGGACCCUAUACUUCCUGAGGUACAACAACUGAUACCCUUCCUCGAGGAUGACGGCACCAAACAUGAUGACCACUCAGCCGGCCAGAACCGCCCUGCCGCCGAGGACAGAAGAGAAAUCCUGGAGGUCAACAAGAAAUUGAAGCAGAAGAACCAGCAGCUGAAGCAGAUUAUGGAUCAACUGCGCAACCUCAUCUGGGAAAUCAACUCCAUGUUGGCCGUCAGAAGCUGAACACCACACACAUGCACUCACACCCUGAGGAUACCUGGUCAUGUGAAGGCACCACAGACUUGCUGAAGCAGCAGUUUGGUAAAGAAGUGACGACUUUGGCAGUAUUGACUUAUUUCCUGAGAAAGAAAGUGGAAAAAUGAAGACACGGUGAACGGGGGUGAGUAGCAGGCAACCUACUAAAAACGUGUUCAGAAAAUGGUCUGUCUACCUCGAUAGUAAGCAUUUCAAUCAGCAUUCUAACUUAUCAUAAAAGUGAAUGUAUAAGCUUUAUCUAUUUUGUAGCUCAUACAGCGUUAAUAUAUGUAGAGACAUAGUUAAUUUAAUCUUCUUGUUCUUUACGUUGGAAUAUUCCUAUAACAAAUAUACAGUAAAUGUGGCGAUUGACCCGAGUAUAAGACUUUAUUAGCCCCCAUUUAAAUUCACAUAAUUGUGUGGUGAAGUGUGAACACAAUCCAUCGAGCUUUAGUGCGCACCAAGAAGCUUGAGAGAUGGGUCUCGGUCUGAUUGCAAAUGAACUCUAGUGCGGUUUACUUAUGCUCAAUUCAGAAUGUAAACGUAGACCAAGGACAUGGAACAAUGUUAAAACUACAGCAAAGCGCAUGCAUAAAUGAUAAAUCUAUACCUUUGAAUAUAAGACGACUCAUCUUUUUCAGACUGUUUUCCAGGGGAAAGUACCCUCUUAUUUUCGGGUCAAUAUGGUAAUUCAUGGUUCAGCUCCUGAAAUGUGGAUGUUUUUCCAUGUUUUUUCUGACAAUGAAAAAGAUGACAUUACUAAAUCAAAUAGAUUUAUCUAUUUUAUUCAAAUAGAUAAAUACAUUUGUAAGGGUGAUCAUUUUGGUACACAAUAGUGAUGC